AUCUUCAAUGGUCAUCAUCACACACGUAGCAUACUACUGGCCCUACUGGCUCAACCAGCAGUAUUUUAGACACUGACCAUCCGGAUGUGUAUUGGUCUUUUUUAAUUGUGUUCUCAUCAGCAGCCCAUGCAAGGCUGCAGCAACACCUACAUUCAGUUUUUAAAUCUCAGACAAUCAUUCCUGACUGGCUGCUGUCUGCUCUUCAAUGUUGGGAGACAAGGCUCACGGUGUCACUUUGAAGGUUAUGGAAUACACAUAUGAUGAUGACCUGGAAGAGCUGUGUCCUGUGUGUGGAGACAAAGUGUCUGGAUACCACUACGGCCUCCUCACCUGCGAGAGCUGCAAGGGCUUCUUCAAGAGGACAGUGCAGAACAACAAGAGGUACACAUGUGCAGAAAACCAGGAGUGUAAAAUAGACAAAACCCAGAGGAAGAGAUGCCCUUUCUGUCGCUUCCAAAAGUGCCUCAACGUUGGGAUGCGGCUAGAAGCGGUGCGCGCAGACCGCAUGCGUGGGGGGAGGAAUAAAUUUGGCCCUAUGUACAAGAGAGACAGGGCCUUGAAGCAGCAGAAGAAAGCUUUGAUACGAUCCAACGGGUUCAAGCUGGAGAGCGCAGCUCCUCCGCCAGCCUCUCCUCUGCAGACUGACUACGGCUUCACCGGCACCCUCCACAGUCUGCCCACCAUCUCCAAAAGUCUGCUCCCCUCCACCCCGAGCUCCAUCACCCAGACUACUCAUACAGACUACGAGGCCAACCUCUAUGGACCCCCAUCCCUGGGCAUGGCCAUGCAGUCCCACCUGCCCCUCACCACUCAGUACCAGUACGCAGCCUUCCCUGGCAGGGCAAUUAAAGCAGAGUGUCCUGACUACACCAGCUCCCCUGAGUCUCUGACAGGAUAUCCCUACCCAGAUAUGUACCCCUCAGCCUCGCCACAGCCGCCCAGCCUGCCACCGCUUGUGCUGGAGCUGCUGCGCUGUGAUCCAGACGAACUAGUGGUGCAAAAUAAGAUCGUCACUCAUCUGCAGCAGGAGCAGAGCGGCCGGGGCCGGCUGGACAAGCCCAGCACCUUCAGCCUCAUGUGUCGCAUGGCAGACCAGACUCUCUUCUCCAUAGUGGAGUGGGCUCGGAGCUGCAUCUUCUUCAAGGAGCUCAGGGUGGGGGAUCAAAUGAAGCUGCUCCAUAACUGCUGGUCUGAACUUCUGGUCCUGGAUCACAUUUUCAGACAAGUGCAACAUGGACAGGAAGACAGUAUCCUGCUGGUGACCGGCCAGGAGGUGGAGUUGUCGUUCAUCCUGUCCCAAGCUGAGGCGACUCUGUCCAGUCUGGUGCAGAGAGGGCAGGAGCUGGCAGCGAGACUGCGGGUGCUGCAGUUGGACCGCAGAGAGAUCGCCUGUCUGAAAUUCCUCCUCCUGUUCAACCCCAAUGUAAAGCUGCUGGAGGACCAGGCGUUUGUGGAGGGUGUCCAGGAGCAGGUGAACGGGGCUCUGCUGGAGUACACCUUGUCCACAUACCCUCAGUUCCAGGAGAAGUUCAGCCAGCUGGUUGUGCGGCUGCCGGAGCUGCGCUCUCUCAGCACGCAGGCUGAGGACUACCUGUGCUACAUGCAUCUGAGCGGAGAGGUGCCCUGCAACAACCUGCUCAUCGAGAUGCUGCACGCCAAGCGAGCGUGUGUGUGAGGGAUGCAUGCAGGAUGUUCAACCGUCAUGUGUUGUUUGUCUAGGUGUGUGUGGGAGGGAAAGUGUGAGAGAGAUGAAAAAAAUCAAAUGAAGAUAGACAAGUUCAUAUUGGGUCAUCUUUGUGAGGGCUUUAGUUUGAGUUGGAGAGGAGAAAAUGUUCUUUAGAGUUUGGAAUUAUAAUGCUCCGUCCAUGCUCAAGGUAGUUUUAACAUUUUGAAUGUUAAUGUUUUCAUAUCCUGCAGAGCUACAUUAAUGUGACCUUUAUAAACUGGAUUUUCUACCCUGUUUUCAAAAAUCUAAAAUUAGAUGUGUAGAGUUACAUGAUAUCCUCUUUGACCAAAUAUCACAUGAAUUCAACAUCACCAACAAGAGUUUCUACAUCCCACAGAGCUGCCCAGCAAAUAUUUAGACUCCAGCUUCAGUGUGAGACACUCAAGAACAAACUGUUGAGAUAUCUGUCCAUGGCUGCAACCUGCAUCAUUUUAAAACAUCCACACCUCGAUUAAUUAGUCUUUUUUAAACAAAACAAAUGAAUCUCAAAAAGAAAUGAGAUGAUAUCGUCAUGAUAUCACUGUAAAACCAAUGCCCAAUGCCCCUUUAAGACUUUAUUCUGUUGUGAAAUCAGGUGUUGGGUAGACUGUUGCUGAAGUGUCACAUGACAAAGUGGGACUCUUUAUCUGUCUGAAAUAUCUGUUGAAUGCUUGCUCAGUGAGUGGUGUGCACUUUGUCCAACAGAUUUUGUAGCUUCUUUUCAGACAUUUUAGCGUUAAAUUAGUCAUUUUUGAUCCAAAUGUCAGAUGCAACUUCAUUAAAUAAAAUGGAUAAGUUCACUUUUCCUAGGUAUUCAUUAUAUUUCUUUUUUAGAUGAAGACAGGCUCCAGCACAACAUGACACACUGUGGUCUCGUCAGAUUAGACUAGCACUGCUCGUAUCUCUACACACGUUCUUUUUUGCCAUCAUUGUUAAAAAUAAAUAAAUAUGAAAGCUCUAUGGGGUUCAAAAUAGCUUUGUUUUAAUCUAUUUAGAUGUUAAUAUAUUGAUAUAUAGAAGCCAGUAAUUUCAAUGAAAACACGUUCUUAUUCAGUUAUUCACCAGGCCCUUACCAAGAGAGACACAAUGAAUGGAAAAAGACAGUUAAGUAAGAGGGACACAGACAAAGACAAUGUGGGAUACAAAAGCAAAUGAGACUGUGAGAGGAGCAGAAAGAGUAGCCACAAAAGACACAUGAAUGUGCAAAUGAUAAGGGAGAGAUGAAUUACAAACACAUCCUUUUAAUUUCUUUAAGUAAAGAUGUGAAUAACAAAAGGAAGCAUCCGUCAGUGUUUGCCCUUCAGUUUUCACCGAGCAGCCAGACAGAGACACAGGGAGGGAAAAGAUGCAUCUGGCAAUAUUUGGUUUCGCGUUUCUUUGUAGAAUUUGAUUUUAUUAUGGGUCAAUGCCUCAAGAAACAAUGGAUGCUCAAACAAUGAAGGUGUCAUGUUCACACUCACAUUUGUGUCACUUUUCAACACGCUGUACUGUAUGUGUGAUGGAAUUGCCAUUUUGUUGAACCUUACAAAGUCUCCAAAUAGUUGCAUAAAAAAAAAAAAAGCAGAAUUUUGAGAUGAAAGCCAAGACUUACAUCCUGAGUCACACGUGUGGUUUGGCAAAUAUUUGGUUUUAUAUUAAGGUUAAAUAUUGAAAAAGUAAACAUUCCAUCUCAAGCUUGAAGCCACGUUGACUUUCUCAAUAUUCAACCAAGAGCAUGUUUCCCUGAACUCAACCAUAAAUAUAUGAAUCUUGUCUUAGUUUCUACAAGCAACAUUUUGUAGGAAAACAAAUGAAAUACGUUGACAGAGAAUGUUUUGCUGAUAUUAUAAACAUUUUGAAACUUUGCAAAUACAUUUAUUUAAAAAGAUAUAUAUAAUUCAGGGGGCAUACCAUUUCUUUUCAAAUGUCUUUGCUGUUGCAAAUACGCAGUGCUUAAACAUCAUUUUUACAAAACAGGGUCAAUUAAUUAAUUCAUUGUUUUAAUGAUAGCCAAUUUAUUUUCUUUUUUUAAGCCGCUUGGCGUUUGCUAUGAGCAGGACAUUUAUAAAGAAGUGUGUUGAUUAAGUUCCUGUAAGUCCACUUACAACAUCAACCUGUACAGUUCCCUCAAUCUCAUCCACAACUGUCAGCACUUAUGUGAACAUUCAGACGCUAUUUUAUCAUCUAUCAUGCAGGUAGCUAGCUAGAUAUGUAGGAAGAUGACGUCCCGGAUCUUCAUCCCGCCCAAUGAGCUCUGAUUGGUUGAUUGUAUCUCUGGAAUUAGCCGUCAAUGAUGAAUCACUUAAAACAAUCAGAAUCAGGUGUUGUAAAUCAGAGUUCUGGAACCAGUGCAGGGGAGAUAGUAUUUAAUACAUAUAAUGAUUUAUUUAUUAUUUGACCAACGUAUGUCCCCUAUAAAGAAUUAGAGACAUAAAGAAGUUAGUGUUUGAUACAGAACGGUGUCAGGUUGAGUGUAACCAUCAUGUCUCACUAAAACGCUGAUAUUUUACAUAUCCUGCAUUUUGAAUUCAAUUGAAAUAUGUGAACACUACAGGCCUUAUCAGCCCCAUACACACUCAGAAACCUGAACUACCAGUCUAAAACACUAUUUGUGAAGUCAGUGAUUAAUCUUACUAUGUUGAAAAGUAACAUUAAUGUUUAUUGUCCCAAACUAGACUGAAAAGUGACACACCCUUUUUAAAAGCACACGACUCAGCGAUGAUGAAAAUGUCACUGAUAUUCACAGUCACUGGGACCAUCUGAAGAACAAAGACACAGUCUAAGCAGUGUUUGUAAUAUUGUGCAGCUCAACUUUCUCACUGUGGGCAUUUAAAUCCAUUCCUUGUUCAUCCAUUUCAAGGUAUCGUAGACAAUCACUCCGCCUGCCUUAACUUAAUGUCUGCCUGAAAGCAUACACACACACACCUUGGUUUUCCAGCUGAUAGCUGUGUGUUAUCACUCUGUACAGUAUAUUUAUGUUGUGAAGUGAAUAUCUACUGCAAGAUGAAGAUACAUUUCAAGUGAACGAGUUCUCCGCUUUAUGUUGAGGUCAAAUCGCUUCUGUUGUGGAACUGAUUCUCUUGAUAUUGCCUUUGUUUCGGCUCUUUGUUCACUUUUUAUUUUCCUGUGAGUUGACAGUCCCGUCUUAAACUGAAGUGUUUUUUCUCCCAAAAGAGAAAGCGACCAAAACAUUUUUUUCUUUAAAUAUAUUUUAUUGUAAUAGCAUCAAACCAAUAAAUUUCAGUGAAGUAAAGCUCCA